AUGCCAGCAGGUCCGUCCUCGCCGUUUGAAGUCUCUCCAGCGAGCAGGGGCGAGACCAUCCCUCCGCAUAGUCUCCACCCAGCUGCCCAGCAGCUACAGCAGCCGCCACCGCCACCUCCGCCUUUUGCUACCGGUGCCGAUGCCGGUGCCGUAACCCACUUCCGCCCCGGCUCCGGCCCCCCUACUAACAACGGGUCUUCCAUCGACAUGUCUGGGAUGGAGGCCCACCAAUCGGUAUUUCAUGCCGAACUCUCACGAGAUCAGGAUGUACACAUAACUUCUGCCGCAGACGGGCAAACUGAGCAGCAGCAUGCUGUAGCAGUGCCUGGUGUCGGUGGCAGUGGUUUUGGACCAACGGGCCCGUCACCGUCCAAUAUUUCACACCGGUUAGUCCAUGGCCCCGUGAUGGAGCCAUCGCCAGUUCAGCAUGGCCAGUUUGGUAUUUUGGCGCCGGGCCUUGCAAUGCCAGAAGCCAUUACGAUUGAGACGGGCGAGUCUCUUGUCGGGCCCGCCGGAUUCAUCCCUAUCGACGGUACCACUACCCCCGGAUGGAGGCCACACGGCAGUCUUUUGAGCACAAAAUGGGUCCUCGACCCCCCGAACCUCGAUGAGUGGCGGCAGAAGCUGUUUGACGCAGAUGGCCUCAUCAUUCUCACUCAUGAGCAAUUCGAAACCUACUUUCCACACGUAGACAAUGUCUACUCCCACCGCUCGACCCAAAACUACAAGAAGAAGCCCUUCAUCUCGCACUACUGGGACUGCCGCCUCAAGGGCCGCCCUCCAGGCACCAAAAAGUCCGACGACCCGACCAAGAAGCGCCGCAACCGCAUCUCGCGCAAGCUCAACCUGUGCGACGUCAAGAUCAAGAUCACAGAGUAUUUCCCGGGCGCCACCCUCCACGACGUCGACGACGGCACCUACGUGCCUCUGAACGGCGGCCAGGCGCUCAACGGGGCGCACACCGUGCUCGCGCCGCCCGGGGAGAGGGAGCUGAGGGUCGCGCCCGCCACGCCGAACAACUUGCCCGCGCCCGGGCAGAAGUUUUGGACAAUUCAGCGGGUUAAUGGCCACAUCAGCGUCAGCGGCAUCCCUGGACCGCAUCAGCAUACCCUAGCCAAGAGCGACGAGGUGAAGAAGAAUAGUAUACAGCGGUAUCUUGCUAAGCAUAAGACCGAUGCAGCCAAGAAUGAUGGGCCUAGAAAGGCAACGGGCCGAGCUCACUGGACCAUCAAGAAGCAUGAGAAAGAGAGCGAUCUGAAGCUGUAUUCCGCAUGUUACUGCCCCUUUUCUCAGAGCGUCUGGAUCGCACUCGAAGCAAAGGGCCUAGCGUACCAGUACUGCGAAGAAGAUCCCUACAAGGUGGCCGCAUCGCAACCGCUGCUGGAAGCAAAUCCCAGGGGAACCGUCCCUGCGAUACGGCAGGGCGACUGGGCUUGUGCCGACAGCGGCGUGAUAUUGGAAUAUAUAAACACCCGUCUCGCCCCAGCAUUCUACCGCCUCCUCCGCAGCCCUGAUCCGACCCUGCGACCGCAGUACAUUGAGCGCCUCCAAAACGCGAUCAAGGACCUCGUUCUCGCCGCCGACGAGGAAGGACCGUUCUUUCUGGGCAACACAAUGUCCCUCGUUGACGUACACUUUGCGCCCUUUGCCGUCCGUCUCUCGCGCGUCCUGCAGCCGAUGUGCGGGUGGCCUGCGCCCGCGCCGGGUUUGCGCUGGGCGAAGUGGCUUGACGCGCUCGAGAGCAACGUGCACGUACAGGCUACGACGAGCGGGAAAGCUGUGUAUGCUGAGACUGUGGAGUUUUUGCAGGUGGCUCUUGAUCCGGAUGGACAGCUGAGCAUUUGA